AAAACAAUUAGAGCAAACCCAUUGCAUGAAAAAGGAAGACGGUGACAGGCGCACUGGAAACAACUUUCCCAAGUGCCGUCUUUUGCCGUUGCGAGAAAAAGGACCCCUAGGUGGGGGAAGGGCGCGCCUUUUCUCUUGCUUUGCUAGGCUCGCGUCGGCUGCUUUCUUCGUCUGCCCGUCAUUGUCGGGAUGUUCAUUUCCUGCGAUGGCUCCGCGCGCCCUGAGUUCAAAGGCUUCACGCUCCUUAUGCCAGCAGUAUCCGUGGGGAAUGUUGGUCAGCUGGCUGUUGAUUUAGUCAUUUCCACACUUGGGAUGACCAAAGUUGGUUACUUUUAUACUGAUUGCCUUGUGCCAAUGGUUGGAAAUAAUCCAUAUGCAACAACAGGAGAGAAUGCAACAGAACUGUGUAUAAAUGCUGAAGUGUAUGCCAUGCCUUCUAAAGAGCUGGUGGUUCUACAGAUCAGAUCACCAUUCAUAAAGAAUAAAUAUCGGCACUUCUGCGAUGCGUUGCUGUCCUGGGUGAAAAGCUGCAGCUUUGCCAGAGUUGUUCUUUUGUCCAGCAGUCAUGCUUACCAGCGUAAUGAUCACCAGCUUCACACUAAUUCACUGCGAUACUUGCUUUCACCUGCUGUUCAGAAAACAGUUCGAGAUCUAAUGCAAAGAUUGAACUGGAUAGAACUGGAGAAAGUGGCAACCUUUCGUGAAGUAAAUGAUGAUGAGAAAGUGCUCCACAUUCCGGGAGGGGGCAUCACAAAACUGUUGUUCACUGAAAGUUGUUCAGAAGGAAUUCAGAUGGUGGUUUUGCUGAAAUUUUGCUCAGAGGGGGACAAUAUCCCAGAUGCACUUGUUCUUGCUGACUAUCUUAAUGAGUGGCUUCAAGUAACUACAAACCAAAGUGGCAGUUCUCCUGCUAAGUCUUCCAAAUGGAAAACACCAAGUUCCUGGAAACUCCUCUUUGGCAGUGGCCUUCCACCUGCGUUGUUUUAGAUCCUGCUUAUUUUAUUUAAAGCCAACCUGUACAAAAUUGAAGUUUUCUGUUUUGAUUUUAAUAUAAGCAGCAAUUGCCACUUUGUAACAUAUAAAAUAUAAUUCCUGCGAUCCAGUUAAGCUAACACUUCAGUAUGUUUCAAGGAACGCAUAAAAUGAACUGUACGUACUCAGUGUUUUUCAUAAGGACUUUUGCUAGCUUCUGGUUUGUCUUCUCUCAAACGAUUUAAAACAUUUCAGAUGUCUAAAAAAUAUUUAAAUAAUUUUUCUGGCCUUGACCAUGCUGGCUAGGAAACAUCCAUAAAAUCCCUCCACACACACUGACUUCGCAAAGUAUUCCACCAUCCCCAUUCGUUCCUUGACAGUGUAAGCUGUAGGUAUGCUAUUCCCAUCCAGCUGCAGCAGCCAGAGCUCCCAGCACAAAAGGUAAAGCUCAGCAGUCUUGACUUUUCUGACAUUUCCACAGGGCUAAAAAAUCCCCUGGAUUAUUCAUCCAUGCAGUCUUGCAUCCAUACUAUCCUCUGGUUACAGAGAAACUUUCUUAUUGAAACUGAAUACUCUGCAUCAGUAUCAGUCUUUGGGAUGUCUAAUGCAACUAAUGCCAUAGCGAAGAAUGUCUUUCUACGUCAAGGAAACUAAAAUAUGAAGUCUUUGCAUGUGAACAAUCUACAGGCUUUGUAAUCCACCUGGGACAAGAGUUUUGUGGAUCUACUGUGUUUACUAAUUUUCCACUGGAAUUGCAUGUUUGCAUAGGGGUUAAUGCAUCUUUAUAGAUGGGAAAUAAAUAAUUGAAAUGUGUCCCAUACCAGCAUUAAGCAUGUGUGAUCCUGAGCCUGUUUCAGAGGAAGUACAGGUAGCCACUGUUUCAUCAGAAAUGGUGCCACCAUUUAAUCAGGCAGCCAAGUUUUGCAUGUGUGGUUUUUAAAACUUAAACUUAUUUCUAGCAAAAAAGGAGGGUAGCUGGCACUUUCUUAGUAAAUGCAUUCUUCCUCCUCCUGUCUAAUAGGAGUGACGACCUCUUAUGGAAUAGUGUCUGCUAUGACACAUUCAUGCAUCACUUAAAACUAAAACCCUUUUUUUCCCUUCAGAGCUAUUCAGAUGCAAAUGUAUGCAAAUUUAAGCAAUUAAAACGAAGGGUUCUUUGGUCAAAUGGGGCCCCUAGUUACUCCUUGCUUGUAUUUUGGUAGCUCAAGAUUCAGAGAAGAGUAAGCCUCUUAGUACUGCAGACAAGAUUACAUCUGCUUUGAGAUGCUUUGAGGUGCUGUUGAUCAGUUUUUUCCCCUUCAGUACUUCAUGUUUGUUGGGAAGGACCCACUGUGGGCAUCUGAUAAGGUAGCCUCUGAUCCAUGGAAGCUUGUCCUGGAAUGAAAAUGUAUUAAUGUUCAAGCUGCAACAUGAGUUUUAGUUUAUCAAUGGAAAAACUGCUCUAACAAGUACAAUUUG